AUGAACAAUGAACCAAUUGAUCAUUGUCAAACAUCCAAGAUGAUCAUGUCAUCGCCUAGACAAUUUAGUACUAGACGACCCUUUAAAGAUUAUUAUAAUCUGGAUACUGAAAAGGAUAACUAUACGGAAUUAUAUUCAGCCAAUAGUAAUGAUCAAAUUCGUUCUCAUGGGGUUUCCAAUCAAGUACAACAUA